AUGGUCAGCAUCUUCAAUGUCCCAAGGACCCUAAUGGCCAGCAACCCAGAUUCUUACACCCCACAAGAAGUUGCAAUAGGCCCUUACCAUUAUUGGAGUCCCGAGCUUUAUGAAAUGCAGAAAUAUAAGCUCGCAGCAGCACAGACAAUCCAGAAACAGCUUCAAAACCUCAAGUUUCAACAUGUUGUUGAAAAGAUGAUAAAGCAUGGCCCUAGGAUUCGAGCUUAUUACCACAAGUACCUCGAUUUCAAUGACGAAACAUUAGCUUGGAUGAUGGCUGUUGAUGCUUCGUUCUUGCUUGAGUUCCUUCAAAUCUUUGCGUUCAAACAAGGUAAGGAACUAACUAGAGUCUCAUCAAGAAUGUCACAUUUGAUUGAUGUUGCAGGAAGAAAGUCUGCAUAUAAUGCUAUUCUCAGAGAUAUAGUGAUGCUAGAGAAUCAAAUUCCAUUAUUUGUACUGAGAAAGAUGUUAAAAAUUCAAUUUUCAUCAAUGGAAUUAGCGGACAACAUGCUGGUUGCAAUGUUAAUGGGUUUGUGUAAUGAGCUUUCUCCAUUCAAAUUCAUGGAAGAAGAACACCCAAAUCUUCAAAUUUCAAAGCGUGCUCAUUUGCUUGAUGUUUUGUACCAUGUAUUCAUACCGGAAUUCGAGGAACCAACGGAAAUAACUGAAGCCGAGGAAGAUAAGAAAAGGAAGGUGAAGGUGAAGGGAAAAGUGAAGGAAACUCUUUGGGGGAGUCAAGUCACAUUAAACAAUGCUUUGGUGAGGUUUGGAAGUUUAUUUCCAAAUUAG